AUGUCAGACUCACUGCAUGAACCUACAACUGCUGACCUGCCCAUCGAGGAGCAUGACCUCGUGGUGGUUGGUGCAGGCCUCAGCGGCAUAAACACGGCGCAUCGGCUGCGGACCGAACUGCCUCACCGAUCCUUCACGAUCCUCGAGGCACGGGAUGUGAUUGGUGGCACAUGGAGCUUCUUCAAGUAUCCCGGCAUGCGCAGCGACUCGUCCCUCCGGUCCUUUGGCCUGGACUGGCACCCGUGGAAGCUCCCCCACAAGAUUGCCACUGCCGGAGAGAUUUGCGAAUACUUGGAAGACGCGUCCAAAACGGAUGGCUCGUUCGAAAAGAUCCAGUUCCGGCACAGAGUCCUCAGCAGCGAAUGGAGCAGCGCAGAGCAGAGAUGGACCCUGGUCGUUGAUGCCAACGGAACAAAGAAGCUGUUCAAGGCCAACUUCCUCUUCAGCUGCAUGGGCUACUACUCGUAUGAACGGGCGCUGGAGAGUCCCGUGCCUGGCAUUGGCGACUUUGGUGGAACCGUGAUCCAUCCCCAGUGGUGGCCAGAGAAUUUCGACUACAACAACAAGGAUGUCGUGAUUAUUGGCAGUGGCGCAACCGCCAUCACGCUUCUGCCCGAGAUGGCGGGCAAGGCCAAGUCCGUGACGAUGCUGCAGCGAACACCGUCAUACGUUGUGUCCAUGAAGAGGAGCUCGGGCUUUGAGACAUUUCUGGCGGCGAUGCUGCCUUUGUCAUGGGUACAUUGGAUCGGCAGCUGCAUUGAUGUGUGGUUCGAGGUGUUCAUCUCGGAGCUGUGCUUGCGAUAUCCCCGCCUCGGACGCUUCCUGAUCACAAUGGAUCUGCCCAAGAAACUGCCAAAGAAAGUUGACGCGGCGGUGCAUUUCAACCCGACCUAUGGGCCUUUCCAACAGCGACUGUGUCUGACGCCUGAUGACGAGUUCUUCAAUGCUCUGCAUCGAGACGAUGUUGAAAUAGUAACGGACUUGAUCGACACGGUCACCAAAGACGGAAUACUUCUUAAAUCUGGCCGCACACUCUCCGCAGACGUGAUUGUGACUGCCACUGGGCUGCACAUACAGCUCCUCAACGGGAUGCACCCCAAAGUCGACGGCAAGGCCAUUGAUCUCGGCCAGCAGUACGCCUGGCGAGGCUGCAUGAUCGAAGGUGUGCCCAACGCGGCAUCUGUUUUUGGCUACGUGACUACAACGUGGACUCCCGGCGCAAACUCAAUGGCCAAGCUGGCUAUCCGGGUGAUCAAGCAGAUGGAGGCCGACAACGCGUCGAGCGUCGUCCCAGUCCUCAAGAGGACAGAGGGCAUGCCGCGAUUCUCAAGCGCAGAUGCAAAGAGCAGCUAUUUCCUGAAAGCAGCUGACCGCAUCCCAAAAUCGACGGGUAUCGCCCCGUUUUAUGGACGCCUCAACUAUGCUGUAGAUCUGUGGGCACUAAGUUUCGGCAGCUUAAGAGAUGGAUUGGUGUAUACGAAGAGAGAAGCCAAAAAGGUUAAAUAA